AUGAGUAACCAACAUCGUAAUGAUAAGAAAACACACUUGAAUAAAAAGAAAACCAGACUUUACAACAGCCGUAACAUAAAAGCACAGAACAAUGAUUCUUCUUACAACCUGGUAGACACGAAAUUAAAUGUACCUGAAUUUCUUGAGUCCCGAAAGUACGAAAUCAAUGCAUUCGAGUUGUCACAAUUGAAAAGCAAACAAGCAUUGAACUCACGAUGCUUUCAGAAUUUGCCUCGACUGAUGAGACGAAGAGCUGCAUCUCAUCAUAUAAGUCGAAUUCCGAAACGAUUGAGAUCAAAGGCGAUGAGGGAGAUGAAAGGGGCUAAUGCACCAUCGAAAAAGGUUGCCAAGGGGAGAAGACUAUACAAAUUGUUACAGAGACAGAAAAUAUUGAAGGUGGCAUCAAAGAUGAAGAAAGAAAGGUAUGCGCCCGGUGAUAUUUGGACAAAAUGUAACAUACGUGCUCGUUAUAAAGAAAUUUCGAAGGCUUUAGACAACAAAUGGAAUCCGCUGGUUAGAAGGCUUAACAAUUCUGUUGGUGCUUUUGAUCAUUCAAAAGUAUAUUCUUUGGCCGAACCUCCACCAAUAAGCAUAAAGUACGGUAAAAGGCAGCAAAAGUUUGCAUGGAUACCGACCCAUAUCUGGCAUGCGAAACGAUUCAAGAUGUCUAAAAGGUUUGAUUUUCAAGUUCCAUAUACACCAACACAAAAGUGUUUCAAAUUAAUGAAUAGACAAAACAGAUACAAAGCUGUUUGUUUUGAUACUUCUUAUAGGGGGUCAUUGGUACUCACAUGGCGGCAGAACGAAAGCUUGCGGCAGUUUUUACACGGUUUAUUGGAGAUAGGGCCCGUACCCUCGUCAAUAUUGAGUGGAAAGAGAUCGUACACUGGAUUGAUUUAUAUUCAACAUAAACCUCUUGCUUUUGGUACUGUUUACAUCUCACCAGGAGAAAUUAAGCAGAUGUUGUUGCAGGUUCAAACUGACAACUAUGGGGAAUUUUUAGAAUCCCUCAAAAACCACGCGUUGCUCAGCUUGCCUCAGGUGGAAAUUUCAGAUUGUCGCUACAGUUUAGGGAGCAUUGAUUUAUCGGGCCCCUUGAGCUUAGAAUAUCUAAGCAAGAUUCUACAUUUGCGGGACACAUCUGAGGAGUUCAAAACCACUUGGGCAUCGCUAUCUUCCCAUAGUGAUAACUCCUUGAUACCAAUAGGAACCACAGUAACUCUCGAAAGCUACGAUCCUCGUCUUUGGAAUAAGGCAGCAAAGUUUCCCAUAAAAAGUGAAAAGGAUAUUUACGAUACAGUGAUACAACUAAAUAACAACAGUAUUGUUGAUCCUGCAACAAUUUUAUCAUUGUUUUCAUCUGAGGGAAGAUACAAGUCCUACGAAAACCAGUUGUCAAUCAAAGACUUGGGAAGGAUUCAAAGCCAUGGAACACCUUUUGAAAAAGUUCUGCACAGCAAAAUUCCUCUUUUGUUGACAAAAACCGCAUCGCUAAGGUGGUCCUUGGUUUGUCCCUGGUAUUGGACUUUACCCAUUUGGAUCCAAUUGGUAAAGAUUCCAGGUAUCAAAGCUGGAGGGUUGAAACAAAUUUAUCAGUUCAAUUUUGAAAAUCACAAGCUUACAUACCCUUAUGAUUAUCCGUGGACAGAUGAAGGGCAAAAGUACAAUUGCAUGAUUGGGGACUUGAGUCGGGAGACAGAUGUCAGAAAGCCCAGGAAACUAGUUUCCUUACAGAAGUCCGAGGAUCGUUUCAGCAACCUUUAUGAUGCUUACACUUGUGAUUGGCAUAAUUUGAGAUGUGCUAUGUUUACAAUACAGUCGACCAAAGAGGAAAAUUGGUUAAGACGUUCUAGCACAUAUAGGUCCACCUUAGGCUCAUUUGCAAUUGAGAUUGGCCAUACAGUCUUUGCUAAUAAGAAUCAAGAUAAACACAAAAGUGCUGUAUGUGUCGUGAAUCUUUCCAUAGCAAAACAGGCAAGUCAACCUAUAAGAACUGAUGAUUCUGGCGUAUUGGUGGACAAAAUACCCGUAGUUCAAGUUUCCCUCAAGGUGUUGGGAGAGGGAGUUAUUGAAAACAAUGCACGAAUUUAUGAAAAGAAAGUCUGCAAGGAUGUACAUGUAGUUGGGUUUGUGACUACAGGCGGCAUGAAUUUAAAUGAAGGUAAAUUUACUGGACUUGGUGCAGUUUAUUUGACACCAUAUAUGUUGAAGAAUCUUAGCGGUCCUGUUUAUGUGAGAAACCCAGGGAAGGAAUUGAUGUAUGCCUGCCAAUACCAAUUUAUAGAUCAAUAG